AGGUAUAAAACGGAGGCGGAGCGGCGCUUCCCCCACUACUGCCCCGUCGGACCGUGUGGCUCGGUUUUUUUCCACCCUCAGGAGAAGAGAGUUCGAAGGGAUAAAUAUCCAAAAUGGGUGUUGAAGGCGGCAUGAAAUGUGUGAAGUUCCUGGUUUUUUUCUUCAACUUCAUAUUCUGGCUCUGUGGCAUUGCGCUGAUUGCCUUGGGGGUAUUUGUACAGAUUGAGCUCAAGAAGACACUGAUGGUGACCAGUCCUUCCUCCGCUUCAGGCGCCCCCAUCGUCAUCCUGGUUGUGGGCGUUAUAGUCUUCUUCAUCUCUUUCUUCGGUUGCUGUGGAGCAAUGAAAGAGAACUAUUGCAUGGUCACAACGUUUGCUGUCCUCCUAACACUGAUCUUCCUGGUGGAAAUUGCAGCUGCCAUUGCUGGCUACAUCUAUAAGGACAAGAUCAAAUCAGUGAUUGAUGAAGAGAUCAGGGCAGAAAUGCAGCAAUAUGGAAAUGAUACAACUAUCACCAACCUUUUGGAUGACAUGCAGAAGAAUAAUUCAUGCUGUGGAGCCACUAGCUAUAAGGACUGGUUUAAUGUGACAAAGUUUUCCUCCGGAAAAGUACCUGAAUCAUGCUGCAAGUCUAACAGCACUACUUGCACCACGAACCCAUCUGCAGCCACUGGCGUCUACACACAGGGCUGUGCGACAAAAGUAGAGACAUGGUUGAGGAAGCACAUCAUAAUUGUGGCUGCAGUGGCAUUGGGCAUUGCCUUCUUUGAGCUCCUGGGCAUCAUAUUUGCCUGCUGCCUCAUGAAAGGAAUCCGGAGUGGCUACGAGGUUAUGUAGCCACCUCUCUUCCUGUACAUCUGGUUUCUGCUAUGGCAAUUGCAAAACUCUGGAAGAUUUGCCUUCACUUCUGGGGGUGCACCUGACCAUCACAUGCCAAUGGAACAGGGCUGGGUGGAUGUUUCUUCUUCUGUUGCAUUUCUUAAAAAUAUAUGCUGCCCUCAAAGGAUUCACAUGUUGCCUUAUCUCUCUUGCCUCAUCUCUCUAAUGGGAAGGUUGAGCCCUUUCCCCACACCUCCUUCUCUACUCCUGGUCAUCCUUGAAACUUGUAUUGUCCUUCAUGUCAUACUUUUGCCGCCUAGUGGGCAUCUGAAGAUAUGCAGCUAUUGUAUUCCAACAGAUGUUCUUAGACUCCUAAUAGGUGAGAGCAGGCUCCCUUGAACUCUUGCUUCCCCUCAAAUUCACACUUCCUUAAAGACUUCUAGGCUGCAGCCUUUCUCUUGACACCACAUUCCUAGAAAGUAGGCUGCUCUAUUCUUUUAGGAUGCUCCUCUUUUCCCUUGGAAAGGCAGGCUCUUGAGUCAAGCAGGCACUGUUGUUUUGGAGGCCAUAAGAUGGGAAAUUAUGAGGUUUGAUUUUUUUUUUUAAGCCAGUAAAUCACUAUUUGUAAAAUAAAAGAAUUAGUUUCUCCCA